CCCAUUUAUAAAUAAACAGUGGAGCCAAAAACCGGCUUGAAUUUUUCAUCGCUGCGGGCUUAUCAGCAUUCUUAUUCCGAACUCCUCCAUCCCAGCGUGUCUCAUCCAUCCCUCCUGUUUCUCUUCUUCCUCUUCUUCUCUUCUCCUCUUCUCUUCUGCCGACCGUAUAUUUACACUCUUACCUCCUUCCUCUCUUCCCCGUCCGAUUCCCCGCCCCAAACAAAGUGAUGCGUUAACUCGGAUCCGCUUAUCCGCUUGACACACCACAUUACACACAUACACUCUUCCAAACUCCAUCCACCAAAUACAUCCACAUCCGCAGCUAGCAUCCAGCACAGACCACGGCAAGUUGCGAUCGCUGAACGCCACCAUCUAUCAUCUUUAUCAAUAAACAUUCGAAAAAAUCAUAUCGAUAUCUGUCUAGAGUCUGCGUAUAUACCACACAAGUCGCUUCAUCAUGACCAAGCUCAGUGAUUCGGCCAUCAUCGUCAUUGUUAUCGUCGUGUGUCUCGCCCUCGUCUCACUGGGGGCCGCACUCACGAAACAAUUCUGGCCCGAGGCCCCCCAACAACGCUACAACUAUCCCGCCGAGCAACAGUCCUACAUGCGAACGGUCCGUCUGAAGAAUCUGGGUAUCUUUCAGCGCGAGUCGAUGAGUAUGCCCGGGAAGAUGCCCGCCGCGGCAGCGAGGGAUGUAGAGUCAGGCUACUCCGAAAAUGAAUCAUCGCAUUACUAGUCGCAUCCCUACCUUCCUUAUUCCUCCGACGUUUUCUAUUGAUAUCCUCACACUCCUUAUCGCGCCCAUCCUCGACUCGUUGCCUACUCUCUAUCUCUCCCUAAAAGCGAAUUCCCCCAGCAAGCAAGCAUCGCGAUAACCCACUGCAUGUACGAUUGACGAUUACGCAUUACCACCUUGAUUUUGACUUAUUGAUUGAUGGACGGGACCUGACCUGACUGUUGUGUCUUUGCGCCAUGGUGCGGUGUUGAAUGGCGUUGUAUUAUAUCCUGGUUUUUUUGGUAUAUAGGAUGCUUUCCAGUUGUUUGUUUGAUUUGUGAUUAUUCAUCUACCUUCUUGUUCAUUCCUUGAGCUGAUUGUUUCGGAUGGUGGAUUGGAGAUACAUACCACUUAUACAUAUAUACUCCUAUACGGUCAACAA